GUUGAAGUAGAGAGACAUCUAAAAGUUGCAGUAGACCGGCCCUCGAGGCCUGGAGUUGUCCACCUCUGUUUUAGAAUGACCCUCAGUGACCAUACCUGAUUGAAACCAGAAUCGGUUGUUCGAAGUGCAAACUGAUUACCGUUUGCGGACCUUUUGAUGAUUUUGUGCUGCAGUUUACAAAUGGUAGCAAUUUGGCCCACCAACACAGAUUGAUGUUUUAAAAAUUUAUAGUUUGAGUUUUGGUGAUGAAUUACGUUCUUUGAAGAAUGGAAACUGUUUGGUUACGACAUGCUUUACUUCUAUUGUAAUGCCAUCAAUUAUAGGGCCACCAAAGGUCCACUGACUAAACUUGGCCAAAUAGAGCAAGAGUAUUUUAAUAUAAGAGUGACUCAUAUCCCAUUCUUGUGUAGGAUAGAAGAAAUAACCCCAAGAGAAUAGAAAAAAAACAAUCAAACCCACCAAUAAUAUAAAACUGUGUAAUAAAAGAAGCAUUUUAAUGAGAAAGUAGUGUUUGGCCUUUUUUUGUUUUACAUCUACAAUGAUUUACAUAUUCACCAGGCUAAUUUCUCCGAAAAUAGUGCAUGCUAAGCUUAUUUUUGAACAGAUAAAAAUGACAAACACCAUUAUUUUUGAUGUUUCCCUGGUUCACCACACUCGAAUUAAGAAAUUGGUCAUUUGCAGGUUCCUGCAGAACUUGAGAUGCUGAAGAGGUAAUGCAAUAAUUUUUAAAAGCGUAGAGAAUGAUCCAUAACAAGGGUCUUUUUACGUAGAGGUUGCAUGUUCUUCCUGUACAUGCUCGGGUUCUUUCUGGGUACUCCAGCUUCCUUCUGCUGUCCAAAAACACGACUGUUAGGUCGCCCUGCAAGGAUAAGUGGGCGCGACAGAGACCGUGAUCGUGACAGGAACCGGGAUCGGACCGGCAACAGGGGCCAAGACGCGAUGUCGGGCGGUGACCCCGUCGCCUCGGCCGCAGCCAGCUGGAGUUUCGCGAAUCGACCUCCCGUUCAGCAGCAGACGAACCCCUUCACCAACCUGCCCCACACGCCGCGCUACCAUGAGAUCCUACAGAAGCGGCUGCGGCUCCCGGUCUGGGAGUACAGAGACGUCUUUACGGACAUCCUGAUGCGGAACCAGUCGUUCGUGCUGGUCGGAGAGACGGGCUCUGGAAAAACCACGCAGAUCCCACAGUGGUGUGUAGACAUGGUGCGUUCGCUGCAGGGGCCGAGGAGAGCGGUGGCCUGCACCCAGCCCAGGAGGGUGGCGGCAAUGAGCGUCGCCCAGAGGGUGUCUGAUGAGAUGGAUGUGGUGCUGGGUCAAGAGGUGGGCUACUCCAUCAGGUUUGAGGACUGCAGCUCUGCCAAAACUGUGUUAAAGUACAUGACAGAUGGAAUGUUGCUGCGGGAGGCUAUGAACGAUCCCCUGCUGGAGCGUUAUGGUGUCAUCAUUCUGGACGAGGCCCACGAACGCACAUUAGCCACCGACAUCCUCAUGGGGGUUCUCAAGGAAGUAGUGCGCCAGAGGUCUGACCUCAAGGUCAUCGUCAUGAGCGCAACGCUGGACGCCGGGAAGUUCCAAGUGUACUUUGACAACUGCCCGCUGCUAACCAUCCCCGGACGCACGCACCCCGUGGAGAUCUUCUACACACCGGAGCCCGAGCGAGACUACCUGGAGGCGGCCAUCCGCACCGUGAUCCAGAUCCACAUGUGCGAGGAAGAAGAGGGCGACGUUCUGCUCUUCCUCACUGGACAGGAGGAAAUCGACGAAGCCUGCAAGCGAAUCAAGCGUGAGGUCGACAACCUGGGGCCACAAGUCGGCGAUAUGAAAAUCAUCCCCCUGUACUCCACGCUGCCGCCACAGCAGCAGCAGAGGAUCUUUGAGCCGCCUCCGCCAAACAAGCCAAGCGGCGCUAUUGGAAGAAAGGUCGUCGUGUCAACAAACAUCGCCGAGACAUCCCUGACCAUCGACGGAGUGGUGUUUGUAAUUGAUCCCGGAUUUGCCAAGCAAAAGGUGUACAACCCACGCAUCAGAGUGGAAUCCCUUCUGGUCACCGCCAUCAGCAAGGCCUCGGCUCAGCAGAGAGCGGGUCGCGCCGGACGGACGCGCCCGGGAAAAUGUUUCCGCUUGUACACGGAGAAAGCCUACAGGACAGAAAUGCAGGACAACACAUAUCCAGAGAUCCUGAGGUCUAAUCUUGGCUCCGUGGUGCUGCAGCUGAAGAAACUGGGCAUCGACGAUCUUGUGCACUUUGACUUCAUGGACCCUCCAGCCCCGGAGACCCUGAUGCGAGCGCUGGAGCUGCUGAACUACCUGGCAGCGCUCAACGACAACGGCGACCUGACCGAGCUGGGCUCCAUGAUGGCGGAGUUCCCCCUGGACCCGCAGCUCGCCAAGAUGGUCAUCGCCAGCUGCGAAUUCAACUGCUCCAACGAGAUCCUCUCCAUCACCGCCAUGCUGUCAGUCCCACAGUGCUUCGUUCGACCCACGGAGGCCAAGAAGGUGGCCGAUGAUGCCAAGAUGCGCUUUGCCCACAUCGACGGAGACCACAUGACGUUACUCAACGUUUACCAUGCCUUUAAGCAGAACCACGAGUCCACCCAGUGGUGCUACGAUAACUUUGUGAACUACCGCUCGCUGAUGUCGGCGGACAACGUCCGGCAGCAGCUGUCGAGGAUCAUGGAUCGCUUCAGCCUGCCAAGAAACAGCGGCGAUUUCAACAGCAGAGACUAUUAUCUCAACAUCCGACAAGCGCUGGUCACCGGCUUCUUCAUGCAGGUUGCUCACCUUGAGCGCACCGGCCAUUACCUGACGGCAAAGGACAACCAGGUGGUGCAGCUGCACCCCUCCACUGUGCUGGACCACAAACCUGAGUGGGUGCUCUACAACGAGUUCGUCCUCACCACCAAGAACUACAUCCGCACCUGCACAGACAUCAAGCCCGAGUGGCUGGUGAAAAUUGCCCCGCAGUACUACGAGAUGAGUAACUUCCCUCAGUGUGAAGCAAAAAGACAGUUGGAGCAUAUUAUUGCAAAACUCUCAUCCAAGGAAUACACUCAGUACUAAGGAGGCCUGCGAGUGCUGCGGCAGUACAGAGUAUAAAUGCGAACUCGUUUCAGUGUUCUUUGUCUUUUUAAUUCCCACGAAGGACACUGUGUGACGGUUUUUUUAUUUUUUAUUUUUUUUUCCCCUUCACUGCACCAAAUGCAUUCUCAUGAUUCAUCAACUGUGGGAUAUUUAUU